CACCAUUUCUCCCUUUAAAAGUUUCUAACGUUCCACUCUAUACCUCCCAAGAACGUCCCUUCUCCUGCAAGAAAUUCUCUGAAUUUCCUUUCAUACUGCGAAAGCCUCACAUAAGAUGGAUGCAAGAGAUCAACAAGUAGAAGAUUCAAAAUCCACCGAUCGUGGAAAGAGAAAGAUGGAUGGAGAAGAAGAUUCAAAAACCAGUGAUCGUGGAAAGAGAAAGAUGGAUGGAGAAGACGUGCAGAAAUCUCAAGAGAACCCUUCCCAGCGCCCUUGCCCUUCUACGAAUCAACCGAUGGCGAGCCAAUCUCCAAAUAUCGGGUGCAGUCAGCUUUAUUUUCAUGUAAUUGAGAUUGCUGCAGACAAGGUUGGUUAUGUCGUUGGAAAGAAUCGUGCAACUAUUGGUGGAAUACAGCAAUCUUCUGGAGCUUGGAUUUGGAUUGAAUCUGGGGAAUGCACUCCCGGUACGUAUAGAAGAGUGCAUUUAGGCGGAACAAGAGAGCAGAUUCAGUCAGCAGAAAAAGACAUUUAUGAGGUGCUUGGUCAGUGCCCCGAUAGACGGGUCAACCCAAUACCACAUCGUCAUCUUCCAGAGCCUUCAUCUUAUGGUUACAUAAACCGUCCAGGCUUGCGUCCAGAAUCUCAGGCUGCAGGAUCUUAUCCGGCACAUUCUUCAUACUAUGGCGACUCUUCUACCCAACCAUCCCUUUGGGGUCCGAUGCCGAGUCCAUCAGGCAGGCAUGCAGCCCCUUCGCCAGGAUCUUUAUCUAUACACCCUUCCAACUUGGGGAACCAUCCCAUCCAACCAGCUGCUCAGUACCAGGCAAACCCAUCAGGCAGGCAUCCAACAGCACAUUGGCCAGGAUCUUUAUGGAACCACCCCAUCCAACCAGCUGCUCAGGACCAUUCAAACCCAUCAGGCGGGCAUCCAGCAGUACCUUGGCCAGGAUCUUUAUGGAACCAUCCCAUCCAACCAGCUGCUCAGUACCAGGCAAACCCAUCAGCCAUGCCUCCGGCACCUUGGCCAGGAUCUGAUCUUCCAUCUUCUAGCUCUGCUAACUACGGGUAUCAUGCAAAUCCAUCGACCACGCCUGCAACAUCUCAAUCAGGAACAUGUCCUGCACCUUUGUUCGAUACUACAAAUAACCCUCCUACCCAUGUAACCACUCAAUCUCAGACAACCACAUCGGGCAUGCCUUCAGAAUCCUCACGAGAAAUUAUUCCGGCAACACAAUUACAUCAUAACAAUCCUAUCCAACCAGAAGCUGGGGAUGAAGCAUACUCAUCGGCCAUGCAUGCAUCCACCUCGAGAAAGCACCAGAGAAAAUGACUGAAAGUUUAAUCCCAGGAACAGUCCCACUGCAUCAAUCACCAGUUUGCAAUCAAACAACUAGUGGAAUUUCACUACUUCUAUUAUUAAUCUAGAAUUCAGCAGCCAGUAGCAGUUAAGGUCCUGUCCUGCUGGAAACUGUUUGUCUUGCAAACCGAAGGUAGUGCUGGUACAACCAUUCGGCGCACUUUUUAUUCACCUCCAGUUAGUAGAAAAGACAAAUACUCGUAACAGUGUUGGGUGAUAAACUAGGGUGUGAUGUAAAUUCUAUGGAAAAGAUUUUCUUCAAUGCUGUUGGAGGUGCAGGCUUCACCAGUAUGGACGGGUUCCUCAUUUUCUGCUGAUAUAAGCCAAGUAGACAGGUAGACUGUGUUCUGAAAUUGGUGCAUUUGAUGUAAUUGUGUGUAGUGAUAUGACCUGUUCAUGCUAACUG